CGAUCAGUUAGCCUGACUGAGUGAAGCAGAAGCGAAGUAGCAGGGAGUCCUCUUGUGGCCUAGCUUAGUAGCCUCCCUGCUCAGUUAGCAGCUCCUCUCCGUCCUGUGUCGCUCUCUUCCUAUCUCUGUCAGCGCGGCUCAGUAGUUUAGCAGUACGGAGAGACGAGGGCUGCUCCCUUUCUGCUCAGUCAGCCCAGCACACCAACACCAUACAUUCCGCCACCAUGGCUGCCACAGAUGUUGACGUGUUUUCGAAUGAAGAGAAGCGUAGCCUUAAUUUGGGCGGACAUGUUGGAUUUGACAGCCUCCCUGACCAGCUGGUCAGUAAAUCGGUCACACAGGGUUUUUGCUUUAACAUCCUGUGUGUAGGCGAGACUGGAAUCGGCAAAUCUACGUUAAUGAACACACUCUUUAACACCAUGUUUGAGAACGAGGAGGCCAGCCAUUAUCAGAAUGGCGUGUAUCUGCGACCGCGAACAUACGACCUGCUGGAAAGCAACGUCCACCUCAAACUGACGAUUGUUGACACCGUCGGUUUCGGCGAUCAGAUCAACAAAGAGGACAGUUACAAGCCCAUCGUUGACUACAUCGACACUCAGUUUGAAAACUAUCUGCAGGAAGAGCUGAAGAUCAAACGCUCGCUGUUUAACUAUCACGACACCAGGAUCCACAUCUGCCUAUAUUUCAUCGCCCCGACAGGACACUCCCUCAAGUCCUUGGACCUGGUCACAAUGAAAAAACUGGACAGCAAGGUCAAUAUUAUUCCUAUUAUUGCCAAAGCUGACACAAUCUCCAAGAGUGAGCUCCAUAAAUUUAAGAUAAAGAUUAUGAGCGAGCUGGUGAGCAACGGAGUUCAAAUCUAUCAGUUCCCAACAGACGACGAAGCCGUCAGUGAGAUCAACUCCUCCAUGAACGCCCAUCUGCCUUUUGCUGUGGUUGGGAGCGUGGAGGAGGUCAAAGUCGGGAACAAAACCGUGAGGGCCAGACAGUAUCCCUGGGGUAUCGUGCAAGUCGAGAACGAGAGCCACUGCGACUUCGUGAAACUGCGAGAGAUGCUGAUCAGGGUCAACAUGGAGGAUCUAAGGGAGCAGACUCACGCCCGCCACUAUGAGCUGUACCGGCGCUGUAAGCUGGAGGAGAUGGGCUUCAAAGAUACAGAUCCCGACAGCCAGCCAUUCAGUCUUCAAGAGACGUACGAGGCCAAGAGGAAAGAGUUCUUGGGCGACCUGCAGCGCAAAGAGGAAGAGAUGCGACAAAUGUUUGUCAACAAAGUAAAAGAGACGGAAGCAGAACUGAAAGAAAAGGAGAGAGAGCUGCAUGACAAGUUUGAGCAGCUCAAGCGGAUGCACCAGGAGGAGAAGAAGAAGGUGGAGGAGAAGCGGAGAGACCUGGAGGAGGAGAUGAGCGGCUUUAACAGGAAGAAAGUGGCCGCCGAGACGCUCUCCUUAUCUCAGCCGCUCAAGAAGGACAAGGACAAGAAAAAUUAAUUUAUGGCCGCUGCACACGACCAUGGAUUUGUCCUCCAUCACCAUAGCAACGACAACAGCUGUUUCAUUUGUUUUGUUUGUUUAUUUUGACAUUCCAUCUUGACAUUGUGCACAUGGACCAAAGACACUGAGGAUGAUGAGCAUGACGAAGCCACAGGGGAGAGAGAGAUGGUGAGAGAUAAAGACCUGCCAACAGUGGCCAUCUCAUUUAUUCAGGAUCAUACAUUCUAUGCUUUUUUUGGGACACUUUUUAUAAAUAUAUGCAAUUUUUGUUUUUCUAUGUUGUGACUUAAUGAUUUUUCUGUGGUUUUUCAUGUUUUUCCAUCAACUAUUUACACAGAAACGUGAGGUUCAAGGCUUUUGGCUCCACAGUGUAACACAGCAGGUCAUUGAAACCGUUCAAUUUGUAUAUAAAGUAUUUAGGAGGAGCUUGAUUUUAAACUAACAUUCAAAUUACUAAAUGAAGACCAAGGAAUCAAGUUCAGACCUGAAACUUUUUGAAAUGUUAUGUGGAUGUCGUGUGCCUGUUAACCUUUUGUAAUCAAUAAGUGCAUUUCACAGUAGAAUAAUCCCUGAGCCCAAAUAAUACAUUUAAAUAGCAAUAUGUAAAGCAAUACAACUGAGUACCUGUAUACUGUAUAUAUAGCUGCAUAUUAGGGCUGUCAAAGUUUACGCGUUAUUAUGGGAACUUCCCUUUAACGGCACUCACUUUUUUAACGCGCGAUUAAUCGCAUGGACAAUCAUGCGAUUAAACAUUUGAAUCGAUUGACAGCCCUACUGCAUAUACGUUGGUACUGACAAUCUAAAGCUUAGUCCUAACUAUUAAAGAAAAAAAAAAGAUAUGCAAUAUUCUGGUGCUGUUUCAUAUUAACUCUAUAAAUGUAUUGUGAAUAUUUUCUAGAGCUUACCCAGCUUAAAUAUGCAAAAUGACCUAGUUUUUGAAUAUGAUAUAAUUGUAAGACGCACAUAUGACGGUGUACAUGAUGUAACUUUAUUGUAUCCGCCUUGAUGGGAGUGUGGUGACCGUGGACACAAACAUGAAGCCAGUAUAUACAGCCUUUGUAUACACACACACACACCCAGGAUUCAGGUAAACAUACGAGCCUCAACUCGCUGUAGGAGAGUGUACACUCAGAGAGAAGAGAGCAGCUGUAUUUACUGUCUGUCGUUGGAAAUAAAUGCAAGCCCCCUCCUCCCGA